AGUGGAAGAGUGGCCCCGAAUAUGGGACAUAACAAACGUUAUGCAUUCGAAUAAAAAUGCUGUCGAGCAGGCCUGGGUCCACAUAAGCAAUUCGGUUGGCAAAACUGGUAAGUGUAUAUAAAUUAAAGUUUUAUUUUAUGAAUCUCUUAACUUAAUUUUAUUUUUUAUGUUUAUUUAGUUAGUGAGUGCACAGCUAGAUUAGCUUACGGGAGAGCUAUCGCUAUCACGCCAAAGUAGCCCGCAAGCACAAAAGUGGUAGCGCUGGUGCAGAAACGCUGUAAGAGUCUUUUUUUCAGUCACGAUUGAUUGGGAGUUUGCUGAAGAAAUGGCAUUUUCGCCAAAUAUAUCACACAAAACAACAACUUUCACAAGUCCAACAUUUGAAGAUUUUGAUUCGACUUUCCCCAUAAAUAGAGCGAAUAUGGAGAAUCCAACACCCACCACAAGUAGUCGGACGUUUAGCAGAAGCCAAAAUGACGAGGCAUGGAAUCGAUUCAAUAACAUUUUAAAGAAGCAAGAAGAUUUGGUAGCAGCAAAGAACAACUCACCAUAUGCACAAGUCCUUGCUAGUUUUGACUGGUUGUUGAAUAAGCUUCCACGGUCAGUUGGUGAUGAUAUGUGUAUGGAAUUUUACAGUAUGCUGCUACAGAAAGUUAAGAAAGUUAAUGAACUUAAAUCAGAAAGUUAA